AGCAUGCACCAUUAAAUAUGGCUGAAAGCUUACUUGAAAAAGUGGAGGGAAUUUCCGCGAAAUUCUAGUCAAAGAAUUUAAUUUUGCCAUGAAUAAAAUAAGUGUAAGAUUAGCUGAUUCGACUAGUAGAACUGAGAAUCAAAUUUCUAGGAAACGAUCAACUAUGAAUGAAGAUGAUCGAAAACGCGAUUCGAGAAAGCGUAAAAGGUCCUAUUCUGUUGAAUCCUCGUCAGAUAAUGGUAGUGACCUGGAUUUAAACAAAGAUUUAAAGCCGAUCGAAGAAUAUGUGAAAGACAGGCAAGUUAUGAUAAAGGAAAUGUUUGCAAGUGUAUCUCGCGAUAAACUAAGAGCUAUGCUCCCAGAAAUAUUAAAGCCAAUACCCAUGAACGACUUGCAAAAGUUUUGUUGUGAAGAAUUGGAAGUGAUGUCAAGAAAGAGAAUUAUUAGAAUUUUGCAAGGUAAGUCGAAAUUUUGUAUUGUUACUUGCUUUAUCAUCGCAAACGAGUCAUCAUUCGAAAUAAUCUGGUUGGAAAUUGCUGUUUAAUUAAGCUCAGAAUACGCUUUACGACCCCGUUAUAUUGGUUUGGCAGCGUUCCGUAUACGCGUAAAAAUGACGACGUAUUAAUAAGUAUUCUAUUUCAUGAAUACUAGUCCGCCUUUGAUCUUCACCAGCCAUUAUGAAUCUGAAUCCAUUUUGCAGUAACGAAAUUUUACCGACGCAGACUUUGCCCCUAAAUUGCAUUUUUGGCGCGUUUUAGUGCAAAAGUUAUAUGAGAGUGGUGUUUGCGUUAUAUUUUUAGUUUGUUUAGUUUUUUACCGCGUGUGCCUUUUAAGCGCGGCGUUCUUCUGACAUUUCUCCUGGACAAUCCUAUUUUCGUCGACAAUCUUAUUACAAUUCGCUAUAUGUAUAAUGUUUUUUUUUAUUUUCUUUCUUUGUGCUCAGUCGCUAUAUAUUUCGCUGAAAGACGCCACCGCUUAAAUCAGGAGCGAAUAGACGCCGCUCGAAGCUAUAAGCAAUCCAUUAUAAUGUAAUAAUAAAGUUAUCGAUUAAUAUGUAAUUGAAUACAGACUACACAGUUUGCGUAUAGCAUAUACGUUUCCUUUUGCUUGUGACGUUGUAUUCGAUAAUAAUACGCACGAAAUCGACACAAAACUCGCAUAGAUUUUAUCGAUGAAAUGACCGAGAGUGGGGCGUUUAUAUACUUUUUCUAUACAGAUAUAUAUAUUUAUGCAUAUUUUAUUUAUAUAAAUAUUUUCAAAAAUAUGAAAAAAAUAAUUUUCCCUAUGAUUAAUAAUUUUAUAUUUUUUAAUUAGUUUUUUUGUUUUCUUUUCUCCCCCCUCCCUCUCUUUUCUCCUUUCUUUAUCCGCUAUAAUUUAUGAUCUUAUACGUGCGUGAUUAAAUGUAGAAAAAAAGGAAAGAGGAAAAAUGCAAAAUACUUUUAUUCCAUUUUUAUUGCAUCUAAAGAAAAAAGUAAUAUAUGCACUAUUUAAUUUAGGUUGAAUAUGCCCUAAAAUACAUGUACUCAAGGAAAUAGCUAUAAAGAGUAUAAUGUUUAUUUCUAAUUAUAGUAUAUUCUAUUUUUCUAUUUUCCACAUUCUAUUCAUCAAUAUAUCAAUAGGAAUAGAUUUUAGAGAAAAGGAAAAGUUUUGAGAUGUUUGCAUAUAAAAUAUGAAGGAUCGAAGACGACCGCAAUAGUCUGCGGAUUUAUAUUACGAUCCGAAAUGGAAUUGAUUAGUAGACGUUUCUCGAAGGCAUUGUUUACUCUUUAGCCAGCUAAACGUUCGGUUUUUUUCUGUAUACGAUUACCAAGCGGUUCGAUAUCGCUAAUUUCUACAGAGUGCAUAGAAAGUCUAAAGGCGUUCUUAAAUCCGCAAAAAAACGAGAUGAAAUGUGUAAUGUAAGUAGAUGAUAAAGUUUUUAACGUUCGAAAAAGAGGAGAAAAAGAAGUCUCUAAUUACCAGCCGACACUAAUUAUGUUUUGUGUACUCUAUGUGACUAAGUGCUCUCUCUCUGUCUCUCUCACUCUAGUAGAAAUCGAUAGAAAUGAAAUUUUUCAAGCUAGAAAAAAAAAGAAUGAAAAAGUGCCCCGCUGAGCAGAAGAAAUGAUCCACAGGCGUCGCGUUUAAAUCUCCGCCUGCAUCAUUACUAUAAUUUGCUGCAUUGAAAAGCGACCUUUUCGAAAGAGACGAAGGCUAAACGAGUUGGACAGUGUAAGAAUAGAUUACAAAAGAGAGAGAAAAAAUUGAAAGGUUUCGUUUGUCAUUUUCGAACGCAUAACUUUGUUUGGCUUCAUCUUCCUAAUACGGUCACAAAUCAACUUAGGCUUUGUCUUCGCUCGUCGGCGUCGGAAAGGGAAAAGGCGAAAAUCGUUUUGCCGAGACGCCUCCCCGAAUUAUGAAUAUAAUCGAGUUAUUUGACUGCGGGCGUCGAAACGGAAAUGGCAAUAAAACGGAAGUGACGUUUUGCUGUUAUGUAUGCGUUGAACGAUGUAGUUUUAUUGGUGGCAUAAUUGGGCGCAUUUCCGUUAAGAAAUAGUUUUUUUAAGUUUGUGGCUAGGAGAUCUCAAUGCAAAAAUAUCUAAGCGAAACGCAUACUGACGAGAGUAGUUUGUAAUGUUGAUCAUUUCGUGUACAGUGACAUUUUGAUGACAUUCAACGCUGCAUCUAUAUACUUUCCUUUAGAUUUGCCUUUUAUUUUCUAAAGUCCGUUCCUUAUGAAAAAAGCACCUUUAAAAAAAGUAUAUUACUGUCUUAUUGAGACGGAAAACAAUUUAAAGAAUUUUUUCUUAGCGCGUUGUUUAAUUCAAUUAGUGUUUGUUAAAUAGUUUCUAAAGGUAUUAAAUUACGUAAGUAGAACCUAUCGUCUAUAUGUGUGCACAUAUAUAGAAUUCACACGUGUCUUAUAUAAUGGAUUACUGGCAACCAAUUUUUAUACCAUUAUAAGCGUUGUUUGUCACUUUAAUAUCAGUUUUGUUUAGUUGAUGUACGUUUUGUUCGAGGCGCGCGGAUUGGCGACAGUUUUCUUACGUUUUCUGUAGAAAGGGAGAGCAUUAACGUCGAUUUGAAAAAGAGGCGUCGGAUGGAAACAAGGGUGACGUCAUGGAAAAUCGAAUGCAAACUUUAUACAGUGUCAGAUGACAAAAUUGUGUUUGUGAGUUUAUUAAAGGAAGCGAAAAUGAAUAAUGAAUCAAGGCGCCGAAUCGUAUACGCGCACAUAGUCGUUUCUGGCUAUAGCGAAUUUGAAAAAUGUCAAACGAAGGCGGUAUAGUCGGUAUUUCUUCUUUUUCCUCCGACUGCCGCGUCUAUUCAAUUUAUUUGAUGACCCACUAAUGACCUUUUCCGUUACUAUGGCAACAUAUUUAGAUUAAAGUUUAGCGAGCGGCGGCUUGAUGGAUGGUGUUAUCGGCUACUUUUUAGCUUAAUCUCUAGCCGUUUGCUGCCAACUGAUAACACGUACAAACUAUUCAUUCUCCUUUAUUUUUUCUUUUAUACUUUUAUAAUGAAACAACUUAUAGAUAUUAUAUAUAUAUAUAUAUUUCUAUAAAUACUGGAUUCAUAUAUAUAUAUAUA